AUUAGUGGUUUAAUAUUUCGAUGUUUCUCCACUCGUGAUCUAUAUUUUGCUUUAUUCCCUAAAUGAGGGAGAACAGGACCUGGCGCUUUAUGAACUGCCAUUAAUUCCCGUUGUAAUCACUGUAAUUGCUUUCCUUCAUAUUAAAAUGAUAAUCUAUAAAAACUAAGUAAUGGACUGAUGGCAGGUGGCUAAAUGUUCAUUUAGUGAUUCACUGAGAAAAUAAAUAACAGGGGACGAGGCUGUGACAGGCACGGGAGGAAUCAUUUUUCAAUAAUCUGCCACGCAUCAUGGCGAGAGACGCUGGCGCUGACAGCACAGAUGAAAUAUUUGCUUCUGUUCUUUGUUUUAAUAUGGGAGGAGGCCCAGAUGGAAAUGAUAAGGUUUUAUAUCAAUGCAUUCUGAUUGAGAGGCUCAAGCACAUGCAGGGCUAAGAUUAAGGUUGUGGUGCUUUGCAGAGACAGCCGGUGCAUUUUAGGUGUGUUUGGGCUUCUGCAGUGUUUUAGCCCACAUACAGUAACACAGUACCAGCACAUGCUCCUGGAAACCAAACAGUCACCACCAAGUGAACUAUAGACGAGUGAAUCUUGAUCCUUAUCAUAUAGAUGCACUUUCUGCUCUGGACCUAUAUGGUUUGCUUUUGCUUCUCUCAUCUGGCAAAUAAUCCAAGUAGAAGACUUUUGUAAUCAGUCAUCAUUGAGCUAUGUGACAUUGGUAUGUUGCUGAUGAAUGAUACCCUCCAUGCUCCUCGACUGCUGAAGGUUCUUAGUGAGGGAGCUCCAUGUGUCCCCAUGCUGGCCCACAUAUAUAUAUAUAAAAAACCUGUGUGUACGUCGGGUGUUUCCACUGGGGCUAUGAUGGGCUUUUUGAGAGGAAACUAGCAGCAACUGCCUCCCUGUUCCUGAGUGAAGGUGGAAAAAGGGGGAGUGCAGAGCUGGAGAUUUAUGGCCUGGAGGGAGAUUGAUUAGUGCCGUCACUAGUCCUGAUGUACGGUUGGCAGUCUCCCCCUCCCAACCCAUCGCAUUUGCUCACACACACAACCACGCGGUUCAACACGUAGCUACACAUACAUCCAGACACCGCACAGUCCCCCAGGCCUUUCCUGACAGUCCCCCAGAGCUGCUGCAUGUUAAGUUGGAGCAGACAGACGGCUGUUUUCUCAGCAUUACCAUUUUUUUUUUGCCAUCCAUAGAUAAUGCCAUCAAUCACCAAGUACACACUGCCCUGGAAGGAAUGUGCCGGCUACACUCUGUGUGCGCCUGUGUGUUUGUUUUGAGGACGGUUUCAUAGACAGGAGAUGUGGUUGAAUGGCUGUGUGGAUGCGCUGUUUGAAGCUGCAGAGUGACUGGCCUGGACUGUGCUCUGAACCCGUGUCAACUGUGCAGCCCCGGUGCAGGUGUGUGUUUAUCAUUCAGCACACAGAGCUGGGAGGCAGGCAGCUGUAGGCAUGCUUUCCCAAUUAAAUCCUGGGUUGGCCGCAGAACUCCCCCGGCUGUAGUACUGUGCCCACCUCGCCAUGCUGGCUUGUCUGCAGAGGAGGCAAAACCCUCCACCCCAGCACCCGGUGUGUGCCAGCAAGACCCUGGAGCCACCGCAAGCCCUCGGACGGAAAUGUGAGCUUUUGGUGCCCGCGCAUUCCCCCCGCUACCCCACUGCGGCAGAACUUGAUGCCUUCGCUCAGAGGACAGCGAACAACCCUCUGGCCAUCAAGAUCUUCCCCACCAACAUCAGGGUUCCCCAGCACAAGCACCUUAACCGGACUGUGAAUGGAUAUGACACCACAGGGCAACGCUACACCCCCUACCCAAAUAUCCACACAGGGGGCUACAAUGGCCUGCUCGCCACCAUCAGGGCCUGCUCACCCUCAUCAACUUCCACCUUUGUCCCUUCAAAAGGCGUUCUCAAGAACUCUGAAGGCAGACGAACUAAACUCUCUCCAGCCCACAUAGCUAUUGCUCCAUACCCACCCCCUAAUAAUAGCACUUUAGCCAGUGGCCACGGCCAAAUGGUAUACCACACCGGGCCCUCGAAGCCUCCAGAAGGACCUGGACUCUCGGUCCCCCCAAAUGUCACUGUAGCUGGCUCAGUGAUUCCAGUAACAGGGGGCCGAGGCCUGGCCCUGCCCCCACAGUCCAACCUCCCCUCCAUCCAGAGCAUAAUUUACCAGAUCAACCAGCAUUGCCAGGCCCAGGCUCUGCAGCAGGUGUGUCAAGGGGCUGGCGCUGGAUCAUCAAACUCCAGCCCCUCCAAGCUGGGAACAAAUGUCAUGGGGGUCUCGUCUAACUCCUCAAGUGGAGGCUAUGUGGUCGGAAUGGGUCCCCAGGCUAACAUGGUGUACACAGGGACAGGACUGCAGGCUCAAAAUUCUGAAGCGAUGAAGGCUGGUGUGUACGCAGAAGGUAUGGACUACAUCCUUUGGCAGAAGCAGCAACAACAACAUCAACAUCAACAGCAGCAGCAUCAGCAGCAACAACAGGCUGUGCUCCGCAUGUACAGUGGAGGAAGUGGAGGAGGGGGCGCCAUCAGCAAGUCCCCCGAAACUUGUGUUCCAGGGGGAGGGAUUAUGGCCGGCCAAGUGUCCUCCUCUUCCUCCAGACCUUAUCACAUGACAGCCAGUGCCAGCGGAGGAGGCGGGCUGGACAAAGUCAACUCUUCCCCUUUGAACUGCGUGGGUAUGCAUGGAAAUUUCUCAGUGGGUCAAUACUUUGCCCCGCCAUGGAACAGUGUGCUGGUGACACCUGACAGUGACUGCUACAACCCCCAGGAGCUUUUGGGCACCUCCGCAGGUGGACCUGCCACAGGGCACAGAGAGAUGGGCUACCCCCACCACCAUCACCACUACCACCACCACCACCAACACCCGGCUGUGGACAGCGGAGGAGGCUUGUGCUGCAGCCUGCCCAGUAAGAGCAUGUGCAACACAUCUGUGCUAAGCAGCAGCUUGCAGUCUCUGGAGUACCUGAUCAACGAUAUCCACCCACCCUGCAUCAAGGAGCAGAUGCUCGGCAAAGGCUACGAGACUGUGUCUGUGCCACGUCUGUUGGACCACCAGCAUGCACACAUCCGCCUCCCUGUUUACAGAUAGAGGAGGAAGAAGGUGACGAGAGGAGACGAAUCAAGAGUUGUGAAUUUGUGAAGAAAUCAAAGUUUAAAUAAAAAAACAAGACGUUUUUUUGGGGGGGCUACGGAAUUAUUACGAGUGACUGGGCUUUAACUAGUGUGGGAGCUUACACCAGAGCAGUUGUGCUGUGUGACCCUAUGGUUUGGUGGUUUCAAAGCAGGCAGCGGGAAUCCCAAGUAUGAGAGGUGAUAGUGACUGCCAGUGGGAGAGAAAAGGGAUUUCAAGAUUCUCCAGAUGUUCCAUUGUGUGGUUUGCCAAUAGGAAUUUUGGAUUGAUUGUUUUUUUUCUAGUUUUUUGUGUUUUUUAAUUAUUAUUUGGUUGUUUAACUUGCCUGAACAUUUUUGACAAGAAUCAUAGCUUGACAUGAAGUGCAUACGCCACUUGUACCCCCCUUCCAAAUACUAAGGAUGAAGCUACUGUGUAGGUUGUCACUGAAAUGGUCUUAAAAGGGCCAAGGUUUAGGGCUGCUCUCAAAAUCCAAAACUCUGUAACAGUGCUCACACACUCACACACACACACACACAGACACACAAACACACACACACACACAAACACACACACACACGCAUACAUUUACCUAUACGCAAGAAGAAUAAGAUUAUAGGCAGUACUCGGCUGUUGUGUACAAGGAUCAUAAGGUUGAAUUAGUACAAUAUUAGUUAUUGUUGCUGUUAUAAUUGAUACAUAAAUUGCACUGCUUGAAUCUUGUUAACUUUGAAGUUUGGAUUUGGGUAGUUUGGAUAUGAUAUAUUUAAGAAACUUGAAAAACUUGAACCUAUUUUUGUUGUUUUAUAUAUUUGUAGGUUUAUUAUAUGCAUUGGCUGCUAUGGGGAAAAGUGUCUCAAAUGCUUUUAUUUUUUCUUUUGUUUUCCACUUUUCUUUUAUGAUUUAAUAAUUCCUCUUUGAGCUGAUGUGCAGGAUCUUAUGUCCUGGUGUGAGACAUAGUCGCAGCAAUGGUUCUGUAAGAACCUGGUUGGAGAGCUCUUCUGUUUCAUCCUAAUCAACACUGGAAUCUACAAUAAAUCUUGAAAUACUUAUUUAAAUGGAAAAUGUCACAAAAACCUACAAAAAAAGAAAUGUUACAAUGAAGAAUGUGAUCGGGGGGUUAUCGACAUAACCUCAUGUGUAUGUUAAUGCGUGUAUGUGGCUGAGUGCAUGCGCGUGUGUUCAUUUUAGUUUUUGUUCUUCAAAAUCCUCAGACUUUCUUUAUCUGUAUCAGGUCAUUACAAUUUUUUUUACCACCAUGACUGAGACAAAAGGAUUCAGCAGUCCAAUGAACAUCAUAUCUGAGUAAUGUACAGGAGAUCUUUUGUAAAUCUCACUCCCUUUUUAUUGGAUGCUUUUGAAAUUCACUGGAGGAAGUACAAAAUCAAGUUCUCACCUGACUCCCUUAUAACUGUAGUACUGUAGGCCCUUCCUCGGUCAGGGGUUAUCAGAAUGACAGAGAGAGGCAGACACACGUGUAAAAUCCUACUCUUCUUCUACCCUCAAUCUUGCAAAGGAGAACAAAAUGAAAACAAUCAUGCCCUACCCUCUGGUGUCAGACGAAAUGAGACGAUGCCCACUUGCUCCUCCUUGUCCAUUUCAGCCCCAUGGUAGGGAUGCAUUUAGCCCGGGCCAGUCUUAACUUGAUGAUUCAGAGCAGUGAAAUAUUUAUAAUGACUGUGAGAUUUCCUUGAAUGUACUGCACUUAAAUUACUGCGAUGUUUCACUGCCUUGUGGGACUCAAGUGAAAGAGAAAAAUUGGAUCAGUGCAGCAGUCCUCUGGUCUUAAAUUAGCAUUUCUUUUGUCAGUCAAAUUUCUAUGGUAAAUUGAAUUUAUUAACCGGAGAGAGAGAGAGAGAGACAGAGAGAGAGAGAGAGAGAGAUAGAGAGAAAGAGAGAGCGAGAGAGACGUCGCUUUGUUGUUGAGAAACACUGGCAUCAGUCUAGAUUUAUGAAGUGCAAUUAUUAUGACUGUAUUAACAUUUUUUCUCUGAGCUUACACCAAAAAAAUGUAAACUACAGUUGUCAAUACAUUCCCAAUGUACCACAUCCCUAAUCCCUAUUCUUUUUAUUUUUGUUUUGAGGUGUAAAAUAAAUUUCUUUAAGAAUAUAUUCAGAAGGCCACAUCUUGGCUUUGAAGUCUGUCAUUAUUUUUUUUACCGAUGUCCUCUAGAAGAAAGCGGGAAACUGGGCCCCUUGUUUCAGUAGCUCCAGAGUAGAGCGUGAUGUGUGACGUAGGUUCUGUUUUAUAUAGCCCAGAUAAAAACUUUUUUAAUUGAUCUUAUUUUAAUGUUUAAACUUUGGCCACCCAAAGAUAAAGGGCAAACAGCAAACAGAAGAUUUCAAAUGAUUCUUCAACAUUGAAGAUUCUUUUUAAGGAGACGGAUUAUUUGAUAUUUCUCUUCCCCCUGAAGACAACCCUCACCUAGUCUAAACUAUGAGCCUUACAUUUUCUGGGCUACUGGUAUUUCUAGACAAGCCACUGUCUUUGAAGGCUUACAAAGAUUGCAGUCUAAAGAAAACCAAGCCCCUUGGCUUAAAUUUGCACAGUAAGCCUCCUUAACAUUCCACUGAAAUUUCUCAUGUUGUUUCAACAGCUUAAUACUCCAGCCACAGUCUGAUUCCAGCAUAUUUUAUGUCUUGUAGAAAUAUUUUGACAGAUUUACAGAUACAUCCCAGCCCUAAAUCCCCAGCGCUUGGCUCCUGCAUCCGAGCAUUAAACCCUGUCACAUGAUGUUGGAGUGAAGAAGAGACACUUGAGGCGGUCGAGUUUCUGGUGUCUGGCCUUUCCCACCGCUGGACGUCUGAGGCACCAGGCCUCGUUGCUAAUGGGACUAUUGGGGGACGUCUGCUGCUGGACACAGCCAGUAGUGAGUAAUCAUUCACUCUAAGGGUUGAAAUGAAACCCUUUUAAAUAGCAAGGGAUUUCCUAUUCGACACAGAAAGGAAUCUGGCCCCUUUGAGCAAAGUUGUACUGAAUAAUAUUCAGAAAGGCGACACUAAAUAAAGAAAAAAAUGUUACUUUUGAAAAAAAAAUGUCAGUUUCAAAGCAGGUUUAAAAAAUCCAAGGGGGUGUUUGGAUAUUUUGGAUAUUUUUGCAUUGUGGCCACAGUUUCAACUGUACUGGCUCCAAACUGUCUGUCCCCCUUGGUCCUUAACAUAUAUUAAUGAGCUCCUAUUGAUGCGAUGCAUCUUAGCCCCUGUAUCUCUGCUCAAUUCCACUAUUCCCGUUUUGGACAAUGGACGCCUAGCCCAUAUUAGGAUAAUAGAAUUAAAUUUCAAAUAGAUUUGUGCCUGAGCUGAUCCGUGCUUGGCUCACUCAGCUGCAGAGGCAGAGUGGCAUAUGGCAUGUCAUUAUCUAAGCCCACCCUCCCCCUGUCCGGGGCCAAGAGGGUUCAGCAGUGCUUAAACAAACUGAAGGUUAGGACGGGCUGGCGUUGAAGGGGAGGACAGCAGGGUUGGCGGUGGUGGUGGAGGGGUUGCGAAGUGGGGGUUGCAAAAUCACAGCCUCCGCAGAAUCUCGAAGGGCCUCAGCACCACACCAUGGCGCCCGGGCUCAGAGGCCUGCUUUAAAAGCUGGGCCGUGUUUGAUCGAGGGGAUUUGUUUUCUGUUGGAUUAUACAUGGUUGCUCCCUGCCUGGCUGAGGGGCCCUGUCAAUGUGACAGAUCUCAGUGAAGAAGAGAAAAAAAAAAGCGCGAGAAAGAUACAGGGAGGGAUUUUGGGGUCAGAGAAGCCUCGAAGCAUCAGUAAUCAGGAUAAUUGCCAUGUUCCUGGUGCUGGUCUUAGCCUCCCCUCUUUUGGCUCUGCAGCGACGGAAAUCACCGUCUCACUCAAAGACUUAUUGUGCCUCCAUUUAUGAAAAUCUCCGCCAGUAAGAUCCUCAUUUGUACUUAACUUUGAAAUGCUUGCGAAAAUAUUUGAAUCGGUGUUGCCCAUGAAAAUGAUAAUUUACGCCAUUCAAAUCCGAUGUGAAUGAUGACGCUCAGAUCUAUCACUCUGUGGUCUCUGUGUGGCUACACACUAUUGACUGUUAACGUGCUUUCAAGGGCAACGAGACACUCACGAGGACGGCCCGGGGGAAAAGUAGAGGGGGAGCUGUCUUGGGCUGUUCGUAAAAAUCCCUUAGUAAAUCCCAAUAAGUCCAUGAAGACCUUAACCCAGUGCAAAGGUCUGGUUGUAUAUUAUGCACCUUUAAAUACUUCUGAGUGGGAAGGAGAGACGGACGGACCCGUUCAAAGGCGGGUCGGCUCUUUCAAUCUUAAAACAGAGGGGACGUGAGGGGAGGGAGGGUGAGAGAAGAUAAAGGCAGCUGCUCGCUCUGUGGAGUCCUGGCGCUGCUCUAACCUACAGAUGACAGAGGGGGUGGUGGGGGGGUGGGCAGCGGCGUGGGGGUGGACAUCCCCUCCAUGCUGCUUUGGUCAUCCUCCACCAUGUCCCCUGGCUGCCCUUGGACCCUUGGGGCCCUCGUCUCAGACUUCUUCCCAGCAUCCCUCCUUAGCGUCAAAGAGAAGGAAAAAAAAAAAACUCAAGGGGCCAGUCCUCUCCAUUGGGCUCCUACCUAGCAAGAAAAUACUUUAAUCAAUAAUUCACAUGGUCAUGAGGACGCUUGUAUAGUUAACCCGUGAGCCCUGUAGCUGUGUUCCACAAUAUCAUUGCAAGAUUCGUUGUGUUCUGCCACAGUUGGAGCACAACGGCAGCUCGUGAGUGCUACUGAAUAAAACCGAAUGGGUUCAUUGUCGACAUCACACAAUUUAACUGUGUCGUAAUUAAAAUAACAUUAAUUUAACGCAACACAAGGUAAACAAUCAGCACAGACACAAUAAAUCAGGAUCUUUUUUUUCCAAAGGCACAGCCCCGGAGCUCUUUUCUUAACAGGCAAUGCAGCAGGUCGGAAUUCCUCGUUCUUACAACGUUUUAUUUCCUCGCCAUCGAAACCCAUGUAUGUUCAGCUGAAAAAGCUUAUGGCCUCCAAAUAUUCAUCUAGUUUACGUGGUGGGUAUAUAUCGCUGUAUCCAAUCUAAACACAAAAGUCUGGGGAUUUUGCUUUUUUCUUCUUCCUGUUUCCUCUCACUGUUUGUGUGGCUCUCAGCAUGUUGCUGUGGACAAACAGGCCUGGGUUUUUCUUUCCCCGAAUGAUCUCAAAUGCACCGACGCUGCCAAAGUCUGAGGGUGCUGCAACCUUGAGAAAAUAAUAUAUAUGGAAAUGGGAAAUCUAUAAAGCAUCUCUCUUAUUGUUCUCCCUGCAGUGUUGUAUUUAUGUUCAAAAAAGAUUUUGUCUCCUCAGGAUGAAAAAAUGUUAAAGAUUCCUUGCUUUUUUUUUGUUGAGAAAAAAAACGAGAUUAUAUGAGUCUUAGAUUUCGAAAUAAGAAGUCUGAAUAUUAAAAAAAAUAAAAGCUGUAAAAUCCUUUAGUCGUGGGGUUUUCAACUUUGAAUGUGCCUACAGCCAAGCAUCCCAGUGAUUGCUUAUACCUUCUACUCCCUCUCCACUUCUGCAAUCUCCCCACAACCAUCAUCUUCAAUUUGCUGAAACUGCCACUGUCCCUCCUCCAUCCCGACGACCACAGUAGAUCUUUUGUCUGUUCCUCCUUUUUGUCAAUCUCAGGACUGAAAUUUCUUUAUUUUAAUGUAGAUGGUUGGUUUUCAUUUGACCUCUCCUCUCUUAUGUAUUAUUGUUUGAAAUAAGUAAAUAAAGCAGAUGACUUCUA